ACACAGAUAACCGAAUUGCCAUUUCAGUCAAGGACCUUUGAUAAAUAACGACUACGCACUGCUAAACUGAACAUUAUUUGAUCAUUGAUACAAGUGAGUACAAUGUCCGUUGCAAAAUUAGUCUUUUUUAUUUCAUUGACCGUUUGUCAUGGUAAAAGAUUCGAACGUCUUAUUGCCGGAAGUCCCGAGUUUUCAAGUGAAAGAGUUUCACAUUUAGAAUCCGUUGUUCAAAAUUUGACUGCAACUGUUCAACAACUCACACAGAGAUUGACAACAGUUGAAAAAUUCAAUUCGAAUCCAGUCUAUUUCUCCGCAUAUUUAACCGCCACUUUCACACCUCCUCGUGACCAACACACUAAUGUUCUAUAUAAUGGACUUCAUUUCGAUAGUCACAAGGCAUAUAAUCCCUCAACUGGAUAUUUUACGGCACCCGUUUCUGGACUAUACGUCUUCAGUUGGGAGAAUUUGACCGCACCAGGGAAAGUGUUUGAUACUGAAUUGCUAGUAAAUGGUAUUCGCCAUGAGCUGGAUAACUGCAACAACGAAGGCUCAACAGCUGGUUACCUCAGUUGUACUCAGGUGGUGCCUGUGAAACUAAAUGCUGGGGACCUUGUCAAUAUCAGAACUACGUAUGGAAAUUAUGCUCAUGGCGGCUGGUCAAGUUUCAGCGGUUGGCUUGUACACUGAUCGCAAAUGAAAAUAAAAAAAAAAUCAUAA